AUGGCUCCCACAGAAGCAGCAACAAGUGAUGUCGAGAUGAUAGUGGAGGGUGAUGAAGAAAUGGAUUUGGAUUAUUUGCCUAGCAAUGAAGAUGAAGCUUCUGAUUCAGACUCAGAGUUGGACUUGGAAAUUGAAGACCAUCCUACAGACAGUCCCACAAUGGCCUCAGGGAGCUCACUCACCACUCGCUUGAUUUCGGUUGGUUUGCAAUCCAAAUUUGGACCUGCAAGACUUCCCAUGGUCCUGUCAUACGAUGAUGUGAUAAACAGCAAUCGUGAAGACCUAUGGAGGAACAUACAGUUCCUGUAUGGUCAGAACAAAACACUGUUCAAGCUGUAUUCAAUGCAGAGUGCACGACUCGCUGCUGCAGAAGCUCACUGCACUCUCACCAGCCAUCAAGUUUCGAUGCUGAAUGAAUGGCUGGCAAAUAAGACUCAGAAGAAGCGUCAGAAGUUGAAGAAAAUUAAUGCCCGUUUUGUCACGCACCCGGAACUCAAAGAAGCAUUCGAGGCUGAAGAAAUAGAGCGCACCGAGAAGGAGAAGGUUGAUGCAGAGAAAGCUGCGCAGAAAAAAGCUGAAAAUGAUCUUCGGCUCUCGCGCAUUGAGGAAGACAUCAAAACGAAGGUAUUCGAUGGCUCGCUAUCAUCAUACAAGCGCAAGGAUGACCUCAUCAUUAUUGCCGGCGCUCUUUCGCUACCCAGAGAUAGGACAAUGAUUGAAUUGACAGCUCGAAUUAAGGAUUUUCUUGCAGGAAAUCCUGAAUGUGCAAGUCAGCCAAGAUUUGUGGGACUUCUUGGGGGCAAACGAGCGAGUGCCGUUACAGCGUCGGCAGCUUCAAAUUUGAGUCAACCACAGAAUUUUUCAACUCAACCCCCACAUCCAAAUCACAAACUUUACAAUCCACCUACUACUAUGUAUCAAUACCUACAUCCACACACUGCAUUCCCAAGUCCUCAGCAUCAUUUUACACAGCAUUAA